AUGCCCAAGUUACACGAGAAGAAGCGCGUGCUCGUCGUCGGAGCAGGAGCUGCCGGUAUGGCUUGCGCCGACAACCUGGCAAAGCACCCAGACAGGUUUGAGGUCACAUUGAUCGAUGCUCAAGGUUACUCUGGCGGUCAGGCGUUCUCAAUCGAUAUCGAUGAGGAGCGACACGGUUCCAAGUGGAUGAACCAGGGUGUCCAGGGAGGCAGUUACAUCUAUCAACAUACGUUCCGAGCCUAUGAGAAGCAGGGCUACGAAGCUAAGCCAGUUGAGCUCCAAGUAUCGUUCGGCAAGGGCGACAAUUUCUGGACCAAUCUCUACCCCACCAACCUCGUCGCCAAGCACCAACAAGACAUCAAGCGGUUCAACACUGCCAUCAAGUGGAUGCGGAAGACGGAGGUCUUGUGGGCGUUGAUUCCGAUCAAGUACUCGCUAAAGAUGUGGGGUCUGAGCGAUGACUUCAUCAUGACUAUGAUCUAUCCCUCUCUCGCUCUCUUCUUGGGAACAGGCAAUGCCACUCCCGAUCUGCCCUCGGUCAUGAUGGAGCGCCUGUACACAUCUCCGACCUACGGGAUGUGGUACAAGAUUGAUGAGAAGAGUCUGUCGAGCAAUCUCCCGCCCAUGGUCGUAUUCCCCGAAUCUUCCAAGUUCUACGAGAAGUGGCACAAGGACAUGGAGAGCAAGGGUGUUACAGUGCGCCUCAACACCGAGCUCGUCGAGAUCAAGUCUCGCUCACCCACCGUCAAGGUCAUGCUCCGGGCCCGUCGCCCCGAGGCUGACCUCCAUAACGCCAACUUCGGGGACCAAGAUAUUCCACCGCAGGAGGAGGAGUUCGACGAGAUUGUCCUCGCUGUGCUUGCCGACACAUCAAAGCGAGUUCUGGGGAAGCAGGGUGGGAUGAUGGAGAAGUUCGUAUUGGGGAACACAAAGUGGUCUGAUGAUGUCACCGUCACCCACACCGACGUUGAUUACAUCCGAAAGUACUACACAGUAGAGUUCGACCCAAAGGACGCUGUCAGCAACAUCGGCGGGAGGGAUGACUCGGCGAGGGUCAAGAAGGGCGAGAAGGAGUUUAUGCCGAUGUACAUGAUUAAGCAGACCAAAGACCCUAAGAAGCUGGAAAUGUGCUUUGACUGCUCUGCCUUCCAGUACCAGCUCGACAAGGAGAAGCCGCUUGAGGACCACGUCUUCCAGACAAUCUUCCUAAACAACAAGCACACAGACACCUGGGAUAAGGAUGAGAUCAAGAAGGACAAGAUCAUUCGUGAAGAUUGGUGGCACCAGCUUUGUCACUCGUGGACCCACUACGCCUUCGUCGUCCCCCUUAUCUGGCUUCUGAACCGCAACUCGAAGCACACCACCUACGCCGGCGCUUGGACCCUCGUCAAUGCACACGAGCUCGCCAUCAUUUCAGGUCAUGCCGCAGCGUACAAGCUCGGCGCCGACUACCCGAAGGAGCUGUACGAGAACGAGUUUGCGAGGUUGUGCUUCCGGCUGUACCUCCUCUUGGCGCAUGGGAAGAUUUUGAGCAAGAAGCAGGUAUCGUAG